UUGGACAAGUCAGCAACAAUUCUUGGUGCGCAAAACUUGGUUUACCUGGAUAUAUCACACGAUGGAUAUGAAAUAUUUACAGGAACAAUUAAGGGAUGGACUGGAUUGAAAAAAGUUAUUCUUUCAGGAAAUGAACUGGGAAAUCUGUCUUCAACAUUUUUUGAUACCUUCCCAAGCCUGGAGUAUUUAGACAUUUCUGAAACGAACCUAAAUUCAGAUUUCAUCAGUGUCAAUAGCGAAAGGCUGUUUGAGAAGCUUUCAAACCUUAAGAAAUUGAGUCUGGAGAAAAACUCCUUGUCGUUACUGUCACCAAACACCUUCUCAACUAACCGCAACAUCAUCCAUCUUAUUCUUUCCGGGAACCGUUUCAAUCGCGUGCCUUUCAACCUCAAAAACACACCCGAACUUCAAGUUCUUGACCUCCAAAACAACGCCAUAGUCUCCCUUGACAGGGAGACGAUGGACAACCUCGACCUUUUGGCAGCAAAUUUAGGCGGCUUUCAGCUCAUGCUGGGCGGAAACAUUAUGUUGUGCCUAUGCGAAAACUUUCCUUUUCUUUACUGGCUGGCGCACACAAGCGUUACUCUUGACCGUGGCGGGAAUUUCAGCUGUUUGGAUAAUGAUGGGGUUUUGUCCUCUACCUCGGUGUUUGUAGAUGCCGUAGCCAUGUGGCGACAGUGUUCGGGUCAAUUCUAUUUCAACGUGUCCAUUUUCCUCCUCUGCACAAUGAUCAUCGGAUUUUUGACCACAUUGGUCAUCACCAGAAACAAAACUCUCAUCCUCUCAAGCUUGCUCCAGAUGUUCACCAAAUUCAAGGUUCUCAAAUCAAAAGAUUACAAGAUCGGGGUGUUCAUAGGAUACGCUGACCGCGAUUACGUUUUCGCGUGUACAGAGUUGCGACAAUAUAUUGAGACCACACUGGGAUUGACCACUUACCUCCAAGACCGUGACCUCUUGCCGACGCUUGAUAUGGCACAAGGGAUCGCUGAGGCCAUCAACCUCAGUUGGAGGAUCCUUCUAGUGGUCAACAGCCAUUUUCUCAACGAUGACCACUGGUCAUUAUUUACCAUGAAAUCGGCUAUUUACGCCCUGACCCCAGCCAAUCCUGACCGUGUAGUUGUUCUGGUAGACGAGCAAUUACUGUCGAAACUACCCGGAGACCUGCUGAGCUCUGUCCCCGACGACAACAUCAUUCCUGUGUCCAGUUGGCAUAUGACCUAUAGACUGAGAGAAAUGCUAAGAACACGGCUCCUAUAA